AUGUCGCGGAAGACCUUGGCUUGCAGAAACCUGCAUUGCUCGGGGGUCCCUUCCAAUAUGAUUUAUGCUGCCUGGAGCACCCCUGAUGUUCGAAUGACCACACUAAAGAACAACAGCAGCACCACCACCACCACCACCACCACCACCACCAUCAAGACAACCACAAUCAUCAACCCCGAAUAA